AUGGUCUCUCAUUAUUUUGAAAGUCUCCCCGUCCCUCCUCUAGAGAAUCUCACCACAGAAUACAUACUCCAAGAAAUUAUCGACCACAUUGGAAAACUCGCUGAUGAUUUCCCACACACCAAACUCAAUUUAUUUCGCAAACAACUCUGGGAUAUUAGAAAUCGGAAUGUGGAGCCCAAAACACACUUGCGAGGUUUGCUGAGAGUGCUGGAGAAUACGCACACAUUUAAACAUGCAUUUGAGGAACUAGAACCGGGUUUGCAAGCGCAGAUUCGAGUGUUUAUGGAUGAUGAAAAGGAUGUGAAGGAGGAGGAGAUUAUGGGGAUGGGGAAAGUCAAAGGGGAGUUUUAUAUUCCGCCGUCUCCGGCGGUGAAACAUCAUUUCAAGGAGAUGGUUAAGGAGACGGUGAGGGAGAAGGCUCAUGAGAAGAAGAUGAAAUUGGUGCAGAGUAAAGUGAUGAAGAAGAUCCAGGAAGCAAAAGAGGAGAUUGAGAGGGAGAUUGUGGAGGAGGUGGGCGGACAUAUCGAGAUGAUUCAGAAGGUUGAGGAUCAUGUGGGAGAGUUUUGGGGGAGGCAUGGCCACUUGGGUGCGUUGCUCAAGAGUAAUCCUGUGGCUUCUUUGACGGAGAAGUGGGAUGCUUCGAUGCUGGAGAGUGGACUAUCGCCAAGGAUCUGCGAGGAUGAGAGAGGCGCGCGGAUUAUGGAAGUCCAUAAAAAUGCCCCGUUUCAUAAUUGGGGGAAUAGUGUGAAGAAUACGCCGCUGUAUACUUUUGUCCCUACGACGGUGCUGGGUCUGUCGAAUCUGGUCAAGUGGGCGAAGGUCGAGGGCUAUAGAGUUAGAUGUAGUGGGUAUAGACAUUCGUGGAGUAAUACUUUCUCGCAGGAUAAACAGAUUCUGGUCAGUAUGUUGAAUUUGGAGAGUGUGGAGAAAAUCCCAGAUGUCAUGAGUAUUACGGAGGAGAAGGGAGAUGUGGAUUUGAAUGGAGAUGGAGUGGUGGAUGUCAAUGAGUUGAAGACGAUUGAGUUGGCGCCGAAAAUUGAGGGGUUGAGUUUGACGGGGGAUGAAGAGGGGAAAAUGUUUUGUCGAGUUGGAGCGGCGGUGACGAAUGAACAGUUUAGGAGGUGGGCGGUGGGUCAUGGGAAAUGGGCGUUGCCGGUAGACGUGAUUCUUGUUGAAGUCACAGCAGGCGGCGUCAACGGACCCAUUUGUCACGGUGCGGGUCGUCGUCAUCAAACAGUAUCCGACUACGUUCGCGCCAUCGAAUACAUCGACGCAAACGGUAUCCACCGCACCAUAACAAAACCCGCUCACCUCCGCGCCGCCGCCGGUUGUUUCGGACUCCUCGGUAUCGUAACCCACAUCACACUCCUCCUCUCCCCCAUGACGUACGCCAUUCUGCGUCCCACCAAACCCGACAUUGCACUUGCCAUUCCCCCUCUCUCUCCUACCGAUAUCCCCAUCGCGCUGCGCAAAUCCUGGACUCCCGCCCAAUACGCCGACGCGCUAGAGGAGUUUGAAGAUAAAGCCAAUAAUGACUAUUACAGCGAAUGGUUCUGGUUUACGCGCAGUCAGCAGGCGUGGGUUAAUACGUGGAAUGAAACGGUGGAUGCGGAGGGUGCAGUCGAGUAUCCGAGCCCGUUUGAUACGUUUGUGCAGUGGGUUCAGGGCUGGGUGGGCAGUGUGUUGACGAGGAGUGAGGUGUUUGGUUUGUUGCCUGGGAGGUGGCAGGCUUGUAUUUUGAGUACUUUUGGGAUGGUCGCACUCCCCCCCUUUGAAUUCAACGAAUUCGAACAAAAGAAAACAGUCGAAUACAAAACCGCACUUCCUAACGGUCUCCAUUUCCGUCGCGGCAUCCAAAAUAUGCGCGUCCGGGACCUCGAAUUCCAAAUCCCCAUUCCCUGUCUCCCCAACGCCACUCCCGAUUACACCAUCGUCCGCCGGGCGUGGUGGGACAUUAUCAAUCUCUGCUAUCGCGAUUCGGAGACGCCGAUGCGGCUCACGCUCGAGCUCCGGAUUAUGGGGGAUUCGAAUUUGAUUAUGGCGCCGCAGAGAGGAAAUCGCUGGGGGACGGCGAGUAUUGAGAUUCUGAGCGUGCCGGAUGCGGUGCGCGAUGAGGAGUGGGUGCCGUUUUGUCAGGAGGUGGUGGAUUUGUGGGCGGGGUAUAGGGGGAGGAUGAGGGUUGGUGGGGAAGAGGAGGAUUUGAAUGUGAGGCCUCAUUGGGCGAAGGAGUGGGAGGGGGUGAAGAUUAGAGGGAGGGGUGCCAGGGAGUAUUUGAGAGAGGUGGGGUAUAAGGAGGAAGUGGGGGAGUUUAGGAGUGUACUGGGGGAGAUUGGGAAGGAGCAGGGGUGUGGAUUGGGGGAUUUGAAAGGGAGGUUUAGUAAUGAGUUGUGGGAUUAUUUGGUUUUUGAUGGGGUGGAGGUGGCGAGGGGGGAGGGGGAGGAGGUGCAGAGUAUUAAGGUGGUGGAGGGAACACAUACGGUGGUUGAUGGAAAAGAGAUGAAACCCCGCGGGAUCGAAGAGGCGAAAAUGAAUAGUUCGAGGGAAUUAAUAGAUUACUCGACGACUGAGAAGAAGGGGGAUGGAAAGGGGAAGGGAAAGGAACAGGAACGGGGACAGGGGAUUAAAGAUGGAGAGGUAAAAAUUUUCGAGGCGAAAGGGAUUGUUAAUGGGGUGAAGGAGAUGAAGGAGAUAAAGGAGGUGAAGAGUUCUAGCAGUAGCAGUAGUGCUGUACCCGAGAAGGUGAUUGGGAUUCCGGGUAUUGAUCAUGCACGUGGGGUUUUUCCUAUUAAGUUUGGUCGCUAG